AUGCGUGAUAGGUGCCAAAGAACUGGAACGAUCACAAAGAAGCACGAGAUACCGCUGCAAAACAUUCUAGUAGUGGAGCUUUUCGAUGUGUGGGGAAUUGACUUCAUGGGACCGUUUUCGUACUCCAAUAGUCAUAGUGAUGGAGGAAUGCACUUUUGCAAAAACCUACUGAAUAAUGUUCUUGCAAAGUACGGAGUCAAGCACAAAGUUUCCACUGCCUAUUACCCCCAGAUGAGUGGUCAAGUCGAAGUAUCAAAAAGAGAGGUGAAGCAGAUUCUUGAGAAAACAGUGAGUGCAAAUAGAAAAGACUUGGCAGGGAAGUUAGAUGAAGCAUUGUGGGCAUAUCGAACUGCACACAAAACUCCCAUAGGUGCUUUUCCGUAUAAGUUAGUUUAUGAGAAGGCAUGUCACUUGCCCAUCGAACUUGAACACAAGGCCUAUUGGGCAAUUAAAAAGCUGAAUAUGGAUGGGAAUUUGGCUGGCGAGAAGAGGUUGCUACAGCUCAACGAGCUUGAUGAGUUUCGAAAGCUUAAAUCUCGUUGGUCAGGCCCUUUUGUUGUGGUAAGUGUGAAGCCUCAUGGAGCUGUGGAGUUGUGGGAUAUGAGUUCAACUGGUACUUUCUUGGUGAAUGGUCAAAGGAUAAAAAAUUACUGGGGUGGUGACUUUGCACGUCACAAGAACUCGGUGAACUUGACGGAUGCUUGA